ACAAAAAGUUAGUUAGUCAGUUCAAUUCAACUCAGUGUCAUUUACAUGAUGCUUCCCUCGAAAACUGUGCUCGUUUUCUCUCUCUUCCUCCUCCUCAACGGAAUCCUCCCUUCUACCACCGUCGCCGCCGCUCCAACCACCGUCGGCUUCACCUACUCCGCCGUCCCUUCCAACUCUCCGUCACCUGAACACGUCGUCGCCGCCCUACAAUCUCUCAAUAUCCCCGCCGUUCGCCUCCUUAAUCCGUCGCCAACUUUAAUCCGUGCAUUUUCUUACUCCAAUAUCUCCCUCCUCCUCACCGUACCUAACCACCUCGUCACCUCCUUCGCCGACAAUCGCUCCUCCGCUACUCUCUGGCUUUACAACAAUGUCCUCCCUUUCCAUCCUCGCGCUCGCAUUUCACUUAUCUCCGUCGGCGCUGACGUCAUCACCGCAGCCGGUGAUUCCGGUUCCGAUCCUACAACUGCUAUAGUUACCGCCAUGCAGAACUUACACCACGCGUUAAUCGACUUAGGAAUCCGUACGGUAUCAGUAUCGACUACGUUCUCUUUCAUUAACGUGAUUACAACGGCGUUUCCACCUUCGUCGGCGGAGUUUCAGGAACCGGUGAACUCGCUGGUUAUCAAGCCGGUAUUAGAGUUUUUGGAGGAAACGAAUUCGUCUUUGUUAAUGAAUGUGUAUCCGUACAAUGUGUAUAAACUUCACGGAGAGAUACCGAUUAGUUUCGCUUUGUUUGAAGAAGGUCCGUUUAACUUCCGUGAUGAUGUUGUUACUGGUGUUCGUUAUCAUAAUCUGUUUGAUAUGAUGGUUGAUUCGGUUAUUGCUGCUAUGGCGGUUUCCGGUUACGAAAAUGUACCGUUGAUUUUGACGGAAACAGGUUGGCCUAGCAAUGAUGAGCAUAUGAAUGUAGAAGAGAGUAAAAUGUACGCGGAGAGAUACUUACAAGGAUUGAUUUCGCAUUUGAAAUCUGGUUUAGGAACUCCGUUAAGGAAGGAAGGUGCAGCUGAAACUUACAUUUAUCAGUUGUUUGAUGACGAAAAUGAGUCGAAUUUGAGGAGGAACAAUAGCUUGAUUUCUGAUGGUGAUACAAUGCAGCAGCACUGGGGAGUUAUGUACAAUAACUUGACUAUGAAGUACAAUAUCCAUUUUGAUAACGCUGAUCAGAUUUCUACUGUGCUUGGUUUACUUGUUCCUUCAAUGUAUUUCCUGUGGCUUCUUUACGAGUUCGUUUGGAUCGAUGAUUGAAUACUCGUACCGGAGAAGUGUUGAUGUUAAUACUACUAAUUCAUUGCCUCGACGGAAACUUGGUAUGUGUGAGUUCGUUUGAAUCGAUGAUUGACUAGUAUCGGAGAAGUGUUGAUGUUGUUAAUACGAAUUCAUUACCAGUUAGUCUACUGAUUGAUUGCUGUAAGCACAUGAAGAAGAACAGUAUGUGAGUUUUCUGUUGCUGUUGAUUAAGUUCAGAACACGAAUAUAGGUAUGUGUAGGAUUACGAAAAAGCAUUCUAACAAUGUAGCAGGAGUACUCUUAGUCUACGGAUUUCUGUUGCUGUUGAUUGAAUUUCAGAGCUUUGUUGGCUUAAUUUUUUUGUUUUUCUGAUGAUAUAUGAUAUGAGCACUGGUUACUUAGGUAUUGAUCGUAUCGUGAUUGAUGAUUCGUGAUAUGAGCACUGGUUGCGUAGGUAUUGAUCGUAUCGUGAUUACUGAUUUGUGC